UGAGAGAAGGAAGAGGUGGAGGGGGAGAGAGAGAGAGAGAGAGAAUCGAUACCUUCUCUUAUUUCUCAGCGAAGGAUUUAAAAAGCGAAGCUCCUUCCCGAUCAGGCGGGGCGAGCCGGUGAGGAUUGGCUGACAGCAGACGGCAGAGUAAAGGAGCAGGGAUGGGGUGGAAGGAUGCCUGGGCUGCUGGUCUCUGUGGGACCAGGAUCUGCAAUGGCCCCUAAGCCUCUGCUCGGUGGAUCAGCUGGGUAGCUGUGGUUAGGCGUCUCCUUCUGCGAGGUGUGAAUGACGAUGACUCCCAUCCUCGCUGUUUGAACAUGCUGCUUGGGUAGCGAAGCCGACCGAGAGGAGCGUCUACCCUCUUACACUCCUUCCCCUCUGGACACACACACACACACACAGAGUCUGUCGGCCCAAUUCAAGCACAACCAUGCUGAUUAAGGAGUAUCGCAUCCCCAUGCCGAUGAGUGUGGAGGAGUACCGCAUUGCUCAGCUCUACAUGAUCCAGAAAAAGAGCCGAGAGGAGAGCUGUGGCGAGGGCAGCGGGGUGGAGAUCCUGGAGAACAAGCCUUACGAGGACGGCCCCGGAGGCUCGGGUCAGUACACACACAAGGUCUAUCACAUCGGCAAACACAUCCCGUCCUGGUUCUGUGCCAUUCUGCCCCAAGCUGCCCUUCGGGUGGAGGAGGAGUCCUGGAACGCCUACCCCUAUACACGAACCCGGUACACCUGCCCCUUUGUAGAGAAAUUCUCUAUAGACAUUGAGACGUAUUAUAAACCAGACACUGGAAAUCAAGUGGAUGUCUUCAAUAUGUCCUCUGCUGAAAAGCGACAGAGGACUGUAGACCCUAUAGACAUCGUAAAGGACUACAUCCCUCCUCAUGAAUAUCUGGUGGAAGAAGACCCUAAGCUGUAUCAGUCAGUCAAGACCAAACGGGGUCCGCUGUCAGACGACUGGAUCGAGGAGAUCAACCAGAAUCACGGUCAAAGCCCCGUCAUGUGUGCCUACAAGCUCUGCAAAGUGGAGUUCAGAUACUGGGGCAUGCAGUCCAAGAUCGAACGCUUCAUACAUGACGUGGGCCUGCGUAAAGUGAUGGUUCGAGCCCACCGGCAGGCGUGGUGCUGGCAGGACGAGUGGUACGGCCUGACCAUCGAGGACAUCAGGCAGCUGGAGCUGGAGACCCAGCUGGCUUUAGCUAAGAAGAUGGCCCACUACAGCCUGAAUGAAGAGGGGGAAAUGGAGACCCACGGCUCCUCCGUUAGCCAGGACCAGGAGCAGGGAGCUGAGACUGUGGGAUCGGCUGCAGAGGCCGAAGGAGGAGGAGGAAAGCUGGGAGAUUCAUUGGAGACACGAGGGGAGCUCACCAAGCAGUGGUCAACAUCCUCUAGAUCCUCCAACAGGUCAUCUAAGAGAGGCGGCAGUCCGUCUCACCAGAGCAUUUCAGAGUGGAGGAUGCAGAGCAUCGCCCGAGACUCAGAAGACAGUACAGACGAUGAGUUCUUUGAUGCUCACGAGGACUUUUCUGACAACGAGGAGAUGUUUGCCAAGGAGAUCACCAAGUGGAGCUCCAAUGAUCUGAUGGACAAGAUAGAAACAAUAGAGGUGGAUGAAGCACAAGAAGCUUUGUAUCAGGAGUCGGACGGGGAGUAUGCUGUGAUGAGUAAUGAGGAGAGGCAGAUGGAGGAUUGUUCGUCUCAGCAGUGUCUCCAGCCGUCCAAAAUUCACGUCCUCGUUCUGGUCCUGCAUGGAGGAAACAUUCUGGACACUGGCUCUGGUGAACAGAACAGCAAGCAGGCAGAUGUGAACACGCUGAGUGGGGCUUUUGAGACCGUGAUGAGGGUCCAUUACCCUGCAGUGCUGGGUCGCAUCGCCAUCCGGAUGGUCCCCUGUCCUGCUGUGUGUGUCGAUGCAUUCUCACUAGUCUCCAAUUUAAGUCCCUACAGCUACGACGAGGGCUGCCUGUCCAGCAGUCAGGACCACAUCCCUCUGGCCGCUCUGCCCCUUUUGGCUACCUCUGCGCCACAGUACCAAGACGCAGUGGCAACCGUCAUCUUACGAGCCAAUCAGGUGUACAGUGACUUCAUCAAGUCUUUAGAAGGAUCGACUUUUAAUGGCCAGGUGUGUGUUAUCGGGGACUGUGUUGGGGGUAUCCUGGGGUUUGACGCUCUAUGCAGCAGCUCUGUGACGGUGUCAGAAAGCCAAAACAGCAGCAGGCGGGGCAGCGCCAUCAGCGUUCAGGACACAGACCUUCUUUCCCCUGGUAUUGUCAUAAACAGCGUCUCUCCUUCCUCGCCGUCCCUCGAAGGAAGCCGCCAUCUCAGCCGCAGCAACAUCGACAUCCCUCGCUGCUCGGGGCCCGACGACCCCAAGAGACAACUUCCACGCAAGCGCAGCGACUCCUCCACGUACGAGCUGGACACCAUCAAACAUCACCAGGCCUUCCUGUCCAGCCUUCACUCCAGUGCGCUCCUCGGGGAGCCCGGAUCACGACGCUCCAGCAACAGCACCAUGCUGGAAGGAGGCUCCUUGGGAAAGUUUGACUUCGAGGUGACUGACUUCUUCCUCUUCGGCUCUCCUCUGGGGUUAGUGAUCGCACUGAGGAAGACUGUGGUGCCCUCAUUAGAUGUGUCCGCUCUGCGUCCGGCCUGUCAGCAGGUUUACAACCUGUUUCAUCCAGCUGAUCCCUCGGCCUCCCGCCUCGAGCCUCUCCUGGACAAGCGGUUCCACCUGCUGCCUCCCUUUAGUGUCCCUCGUUACCAGCGCUUUCCUCUGGGUGACGGACACUCGGCUCUCUUGGUUGAGACCGUGCAGAGUAACCCUCAGCUGCUGAUGGAGUCUGGCGGUGCAGCGUCCCAUCGCUGGCUGGAAAGCAACAUCAAUGAGACCUCCAUCCCUGUGCCCGUCCUCAACUGGCAGACCUCACAGCUCCUCACAGAGACGGAUGCUCUUCACUCACAUGUUUUUGUGGAUGGCCAGUACCCAUCGUCCACAUCACCGGGGGUUCCUCACCUUCGUUUCAACCGCAGGGCCAGCGAGGCCAGCAUAGCCAGCCAGGUGUCAGGCUUGGCUGACUCUUACACCGCCUCCAACAUCGCCACGACACACAAACGUGAAGUCAGCCACACUAAAAGGCCCAGUCUGCUGUCCCAGCUGGCUCUACCCUACAAUAAAUUUGCUUCUUGGAGCCCGUCCCCACGGUUGCGCCAGAAAACCCGUCAGGUGUUCCCAAAACCCAACGGUGUGGAGUCUGAGCAGAGCUCGGACGUUAGCUCUGACAUGACCUCUGACCUCACCAAUGUCACGUCUGACAUCACAGACAUCAGCUCGGCGCCCCCGUCACCCGGGGUGCUGAAGAACAUAGAGCAAGUUGCUUCUCGGUGGUGGGGCAGUAAGAGGAUGGACUACGCCCUGUACUGUCCUGAUGCCCUGACAGCGUUUCCCACAGUGGCUCUGCCUCAUCUCUUCCAUGCCUCCUACUGGGAGUCUACAGACGUCGUCUCUUUCUUACUCAGACAGGUGAUGAGACAUGAGAACUCCAGUAUUUUGGAGCUGGAUGGUAAAGAAGUGUCUGAAUUCACUCCGUCCAAACCCCGUGAGAAGUGGCUCCGCAAGAGGACUCAUGUUAAAAUUAGGAAUGUGACGGCUAACCACCGCGUGAAUGACGCUGUGUUCACGGAGGACGGAGCCCAGAUGGUGACGGGACGUUUCAUGUACGGCCCUCUGGACAUGGUCACCCUUACUGGAGAGAAGAUUGACAUCCACAUCAUGACCCAGCCUCCCUCUGGAGAGUGGGUGUACUUUGACACAGAGCUCACCAACAGCAGUGGACGUGUCUCUUAUGUAAUCCCUGAGAGCAAAAAGCUUGGUAUCGGGGUGUAUCCUGUCAAAAUGGUGGUCAGGGGUGACCACACAUUUGCAGACAGCUAUCUCACUAUUGUCCCACGAGGAACAGAGUUUGUCGUAUUCAGUAUUGACGGCUCUUUUGCUGCCAGUGUGUCUAUAAUGGGCAGCGACCCAAAGGUUCGAGCUGGAGCUGUGGAUGUGGUGAGAUAUUGGCAGGACUUGGGCUAUUUGAUAGUAUAUGUAACGGGUCGCCCUGACAUGCAGAAGCAGCGUGUGGUGGCCUGGCUCUCUCAGCAUAAUUUUCCUCAUGGCGUCGUCUCCUUCUGCGAUGGGCUGGUUCACGACCCGCUCCGACACAAGGCCAACUUUCUCAAAUCCCUCAUCAACGAGGCCCACAUGAGGAUCUUUGCUGCCUACGGCUCCACCAAGGACAUCUCUGUGUACUCGUCUAUCGGCCUGCCUCCCUCCCAUAUCUACAUAGUGGGAAGGCCCACGAAGAAAAUGCAGCACCAGUGUCAGUUCAUCCCGGACGGCUACGCUUCCCACCUGUCCCAGCUGGAGUAUAACCAGAGGUCUCGUCCUGCCAAGCCCGCCAGCACACGCAUGGUCCUCCACAAGGGCAGCUUUGGGUUGGGUGCAGCCGGUGGAGACUUCCUUCGCAAACGCAAUCACAUCUUUCGCACCAUCUCGUCUCAACAGCCUGGAGGGGCGGGGCCGGCCUCUCCCAGCCAGCCGGGGCGGACUGAGCGUACGCUGAGCCAGUGCGAGAUGGAGCGGGAACGAGGUGUCGGAGCAGCAACCCAGAGGAGUAUGAGUAUAGCUGCAGGGUGCUGGGGCCGCAGCGGGAGCACCAAGGAGGGCAGUGGAGGGUUACUCGGCCCUAAAUAAGGUUCAAAAUGGAGCUGUGGUGUUAAAGGACCCGGCCUGAGCCACCAUGAUCUCUGGACUAGACAAAGAGAGAAGGGUGGAAGAAGAGGAAGUGGAUGGAGGGUUUGUGUUUUAGAAAUUUAAAGGGAUAGGGGAGGGAUGUAGCAUGAACAACACCGUUGAUUGAUUGUUAAAGAAUAGGGAAGAAGGGAUAGAGAGGGAUCUAUCCAGGAGGAGUGGAUUAAUCAGGCCAAGUGGCAUCCAUUGAACAAAAGACAAUUCUGUAGCAUGACUCUUUUACAGUAAUACUUUUAUAGGAUACAUCACUAACUAUUUAAAAAAUGACAAGGAAGGAUUAAAUGAAAUAUUGUAAGCCUUAAACUAAUCUCGUAUAACGGGACCCCCCCAUCUCUCCUUUCCGAACACACACAUAUACAAUACACCGUCCUAGCAUUCGCACUCAUGAGCUCAGGACAAACUGCAGAGCCAGAUUCAUCUUCAAACAGUCAAGCACGGGUUUGAGGCCAAGUUGAUUGGCAGCCAUGGCAAAAAGCCAAUGACUUUCACUUCUGUUUCUGUCCCACUGUCAGCUGAGCGACAUGUUUCAAACACAACACUCUACCCGGCAAUGACUGGCAAUAACACAAAGGAAGGAGAGAGGAAAUAAGGAAACAAAGAUUAACAUCUUAAAGAGCCACUUCAUCCAAGUUAUAAAAAAGACAAACAUAUUUUCGCACUGACCUCUAGUAGUAUCUAGCCAUGCAGGUCGUUUUGGAUUUGUUUGUCCAGGAUCCUCCACCCCAAUACAGUGCAGGAGAGUUUCAGCCACUUUCUACUGAAGAAAUUGUCCCUUGAGGUCUGUGGGUUAUGCAGAGUAAUGAUGACACUCACUGUGGACGGACGUUUUUAGCCACUCUAGUGGCUAAAUAUUUUGCCUCUAGUGAUGGCAAUAUUGGUCGGUCGGCCACUUUGGUCAAGACUGAAAUAUCUCUUCAACUGUUGGAUGGAUUGCCAUGAAAUUAUGUAGAAACAUUCAUGGUCCCCAGACUUUUCCUCUAGUUCCAUGAUGAGGUAAACAUUUUUGGUUUUGAGUGAAAUGUCUCAACAACUAUUGGAUGGAUUGUCAUGAAAUUUGGUUCAUACAUUCAUGAUCUAGUGGUCAUCUAGUGCCAUUAUCAGGUCAAAGUCACUUAGCAAGUGAAAUAUCUCAACAUCUACAAGAUGGAUUAGGGCAUAGGAUGGAGCCUUGGGGAUGGAUUAAUGUACAGACAUUCAUGAUUCCCAGAUGAUGAAUCCUGCUGAUACUGGUGAUCCCCUGACUUUUCUUCUAGCGCCACCAUGAGGUUGACAUUUGUGGUUUUGAGUGAAAUGUCUCAAAUUGGAAGAAUUGCCAUGAAAGUUGGUACACGUCAAAAUAUGAAUUUGUCCAGUACUUUGGUUUAUGACCAAAAUCCUGCAAAACUAAUGACACUACCAUCAGCCUCAGUUGUACUUUGUGUUUAGUGCUAAUUAGCAAAUGUUAGCAUGCUAACAUGUUAAAC